CAACCAACCGCAGGCCACCACACAAGCUGCGGGCACACUGGCUACAGUGAUGGAUGUCGUAGCUGGAGAGCACAUCCCACCUCUGGGAAGCACCACUGCUGAGCUGGUGUCCAUCAGGAAUGAGGCCAGUACCAAAGCCACAGCAGGCACUGCCAUCCCAGAGACCAAGGACACACCAGAGGGGCUCAGCGUGAGUCUGUCCCCCCAUGCAGCUCUCAAUGACCCUGAUGGUCCCUCUCCAAGGCCCUCUCCACGCUCCAUGGGCUCUCUGCUCCCUCAGACUCUCUCAACAGGCCUUGGGACCACCACAGCAGAGGCAGCUGCAGGCAGAUCUCCUUCAGCCACUCCCAGCAUGGCCAUGCAUUUGUUCUUCACGGGCACCAGUGGAGCAAAGCCAGACAGGGCCCCUCAAGCUGCUGCUGCUGCACCACUACCUUCCAUUGCUGCGUUUGGCAUCGGAACUGUGCCAGCUACCCAUCAAUCCUCCUUUGUUAGCAACACUUCAAUUAGUGAAGCAGGGAUGGGAUCAGCAUCACUGGCCAGUGGCAGAGCCACCACAAUGCUGGGGGACACCGAAGCCACCCUGCCUCUGCCUGAUACACACCCCAGCGACAGCCAGCCAGGUCCCACAGCAGGCUUAACAACCCCAGGAAUUGGUGUCACACCCAGAUCUGCACUAACCCCAGUGCUCUGGGCUGGGCCCCAAAUUGUGGAAGCUCCAGGGACAGAGAUGCCAACACCCAACACUGCACCAGGCACUGGCAGAGCUGUAUCAGAUACCUCUGGGGGACCCAGAGCAGUCACUGUCCCCAUGGCACCACAAGCAGACGUCCCCCCUCUCCUGGAAGGCAGAGCCAAUGUAGGGAUGGCUCUGGAGGUGUCCCCAUCCAGCAUCCCCCAAGAGAUGGCAGCAGUCACAUCCCCACUGUCCCUGGCUGCCCCAGUGCAAGCAAUGGGGGCUUUGGGCGACCCCCAGCCCAAUGGCAGCGCCACAGGGCAAGCAAUGGGGAUGGGGUUUCUGGAGGUGAGCACAGAGGAGAACCCAGGUGCCAGUGCAGCAGGGCCAGCUCCCAGCCACGCAAUUGUCACUGCCAAGCCAUCACCAGAGCCACCUGCCACUGAGGACAAGCCCACUGCUGGGAUCACCUCGCUGGCUGUUGGCCACACAAGUGUGCGGAAGGUUACAGCAGCAUCCUGGACAGGUGCCACAGGCACCACUGCCCAUGUGGACACCACCAGCUCUGAGAGCAGCACCAAGGGUGCAGCACUCUCAGCCAGCACCAGCAGCACCCAUGUCCCUGAUUCCAACGCCAGUGGCACAAACCUGGCCACCAUGCCGGCCACCACACCAUCCACCAGCACAUUCCCCAGCAACGCUAACCUGCCAACCACCUCAAGAGGCUGGGAGACCUUUGUGACCAGGGUCACCACAGCCAUACCACCUGCCACAGCACGGGCCACCAGCACCAGCAGUGCCCCAUCCCUUGCUGUAACACACAGCGAGACAAGCAGAGGUGGGCAGCCUGUCCCAUCCCCAGCAGCACGUAUCCCCUUGGUGGAGACAACUCUUGGGCCCUGGGUCCUUGGUCCCAGCAUUGCUGUUGCAGUGUCUGGUUCUCCCCUCCCCAGCCUGCACAGCCCAACAGAGGAGGCCACAACAGCCCCCUUGUCCCUGCUUGGUGUUGGUGCAACUGUGGUGGCAGCAGCUGGGCAGGCUCCCACCGAGUCAGCAGCAGGCACCACUUCUCCUACAUCCAUCGGCUACCACGACAUGGGACAAGCAGCGAGCACGUCACCUCCUGCCUUCCAGACACCUCCAGGGACACCUGCCUGGAAGGAGAAAACAGCCAUCAGCACAGGCAGCACCACUGCCACCACUGCAGGGAACACCAUGGCCAGCACCACAGGCAGCACCACUGCCACCACUGCAGGGAACAUCACUGCCACCACUGCCACCAGUGCAAGGAACAUCACUGCCACCACUGCCACCAGUGCAGGGAACAUCACUGCCACCACUACCACUGCCACCACUACAGGGAACAUCACUGCCACCACUGCCACCAGUGCAAGGAACAUCACUGCCACCACUGCCACCAGUGCAAGGAACAUCACUGCCAGCACUGCCACCACUGCAGGGAACAUCACUGCCACCACUGCAGACAGCACCACUGCCACCACUGCAGGAGGCACCAUGGCUAUUUCAUCCACAGCCCCAGUGAGCCCAGCCGAGGAAGUGGGAAGUCUCCCAGCCCCAGACACCACGGCACCAGUGACACCACCAGCCACCACCCUGUUUCAUGCCUUUGGGACACAGAGAGGACCAUCCACCGAGCUGAGUACAUCUGCCCACACCACCACUGGGCACAGAACUCCUGCACCUGAGCCCCAGCCCACCCAUGAGCUUAUCAAGCCAGCAACUUCACUCUACCCCUUUGGUGUGGAAGGAGGGGACCAAGAGUAUGUCCAGAGGAUGGUGGAUUUUAACUCACCCCUGUUCAAGCCAGAAAUUGGAUUUCCCAUUGGGAAGUCACUGCGAGAUGCUCUCUAUUUUACAGAUAACGGACAGAUCAUUUUUCCACCCACGGACAACUAUGUCCCAUCCAACCCCAACCCCCCUCCCCGGGGCUUCACUGCCUGGGAGAGCUUGCCAAUGGUGGCUGCCUUUUGGGAUGAUGCAGACUUUUCCAAAGGUGUUGGCACUACUUGGUACCAGGAGUACUCUACACUCAGCUCUACCCAAGACCCCGUUGUCCUAGAUGUGGAAGCAAAGAUUGAGAAAUACCUAAAAAUCCCCUAUGUAGCAAAAUGGACCCUGAAGGUGACGUGGGAGAAAGCUCCAGCAUACCCAUCCCGGAGGGAUGACACUCAGACGAGCACCUACCAGGCAGUGCUCACCACGGAUGGGAACCGCUCCUUCGCCCUGCUGCUCUACCAGGACGGUGGGAUGCGCUGGGACUACACCAGGCUGGCUGCAGCCAACGUGCUGAUCGGCUUCUCCAGCGGCAAUGGCUAUGCCCAAAACAACGAGCUGACUCAGAAGCCACCAGCUGUCAAGUACCGACCAGACCAGCACAGCAGCACCGGCUCCGAUGUGCGUGGGCUGUGGAUUUACAGACUGGACAGUCGCUCCCGGGUGAAUUACAGGCUGCAGUGCCUGGCGUGGCUGGACACAGAGCCAGCACCGGCCACCUGGAACAGCCAGCUGCCACCAUGCCCCUGCUCCCGGCCCCAGGCAGAGCUGGAUCCCCGCUACCACUGGAGCAGAGGCCCAGCAGACACCUCCGUGAGGAUGCUGCGCACUGCGUCCCCCAGCCCAGCUGGAGCUGGGGUACGAUGUCUGUACCAAGGUGGGAGCUUGCUCGAAGGCUGGCAGGAGAGAGCAUGGAGCCUCCCCUUCCACGCUGCCACUGACAGGGAGCUGGAAGCGUUCGACUGGUGCUGCCGGCGUGUGGAGAAGCCCCUGUUCUGUGCCAAGUUUGCUGAGAAGAGACCAAGGGUUGGCUGUGAAGGAUAUGUGCCACCCACCCCCGCUGGUGCCUUUGGUGACCCUCACAUCACCACCCUGGAUGGACUCACCUACACCUUCAAUGGGCUCGGGGACUUUGUCCUGCUGCUGGCCAGUGAUGCCCAGACCAGCUUCGUUUUGCAUGGGCGCACAGUACAGACUGGCAUGGCCCAGGCUACCAACUUUGUGGCCUUUGCUGCCCAAUACAUCUCCACCACCACCACAACAGUUGAGUGGACCUUGGGGAGCCAGGAUGACAUCAAAGUCCUCCUGAACAACAAAAACAUCCAGUUUUCCUAUUCCCAAGACCUGGGUGACGAGGUCUACUACAGCCCUGGUGUCCUGCUAGUCAACGCCUCCUCUGUCACGGCCGUCUUCGAUGGGACCAUCGCUGUCUCUGUCUCGGCCACCUCUGGGAUCCUCAGCGUGGUCUGCAGCCUGCCCGUCUGGUACUGCAACAGCACCAGGGGCCUCCUGGGUGUGUGGGACCAUGACCCUGCAGAUGACUUCCAGAUGCCAAAUGGUACCAGCAUCCCUGUGAACAGCAGUGAGGAGGAGAUCUACAGCUAUGGGAUGACCUGGGCUGUCAGGGAGCACAGCCUGUUCACUCAGCCUCUGGACUCACCAGCACUGAACUUCACACCCUUCUUCUUGUCUCGGCUGCGGCAGGAGAAUGAAAGUCAGUACGAGCUGGCAGCCUUGCAGUGUCACGGCAGCAAGGAGUGCAUCUAUGAUUCACUGAGCACAGGGAACUUGGCCCUGGGCCUGGCCACCCAGAGCCUUGCAGCUGACUUCCAGCAGAGGAAGACAGCACUCAAUGCCUUCCCUCCUGUCAUCACUGGUGAUGCAUCAAUCACAGCCUUCAGGACAGAGAAGGUCAGAAGGCAGUACCAUGCCUUGGGGGCGGGUGCACGCUUCAUUCCCCACCUCUCACCAGAGCUCAACAUAUCUGAGAACGGCACCCUCAUAUGGGAGCCCCGUGGGAUAGCCCCAUUCACCAUCAACCUCGAGGCUGUUGGCUCCAACAACAUCUCUGCACUCCUCCAGCUCCGCUUCACCCUCUGCGGGUGCAGCAGGAGCCAGGACUGUGACUACAGCAACACUGUCACUCUCAGGGAAUCUUCCCUGCAGCUGGCAGCCUGCAGAUGCGAGAGCGGCUACUCAGGUGCCUUCUGCCAGGACCCUCCGGACCCCUGCUCCCAGGGAUGCUUCCCUGGGGUGGGAUGUGACCCUUUCAGUGGCUGUGGCCCCUGCCCGGCUGGCCUGACAGGGGAUGGAGAGCACUGCUCAGAUAUCGAUGAGUGCACACAGGGGACCGAGUGCCCGGGGAACAGCACCUGCACCAACACUGUAGGCAGCUAUGUCUGCUCCUGCCUGGCCAGUGAGCAGGGUGAGAGGCCAGGCUGUGGCUCAGCCUGUGGCUACCACUCCUGCCCUGAGGGCUACUGCAGCAACGGGGGACGCUGCCACCUUCACCCCAUCACUUGUGCCCCCACCUGCACCUGCCCCCCAGCUUUCACCGACCAGCGCUGCCUGGUGGCAGGGGGGGAUUUUCAGCCAUUGCCCAGCUCAGGUCUCCCUCGGAGAAGCAUCCAGAUGAGAAUCAAGGCACUGCAAAACACCACUGCUGAGGAAGUCAACAGCACUGUCUCAGCCAUCCUGGGCUCCCUGGAGGUAAAGGCUUUCCAGAGCAACACCAACAUCACCCAGAUGACAGACAGCGAUGGCUUCACCUUCGUGGUGGUUUCCGAGUUUGCCUAUGACAGCCGCGGGACCGUCAUCCGCUUCCUGAACGAGGAGCUGCCCGCAGCCAUCGCCGGCGCCUUCAACGGGCGGCGGGGGCGGCGGGAGGCGGGCACGGGGCUGCUCUUCCACCGCCUGCACCGGGACAACAUCACUGACCUGGUGAAGCUGACAGUGGAUGAGCUGAGGGACUAUUUCCCCUGCACUCUGUACGGCUACAAAGGCUACCAGCUCCACUACAUGGGCACCAUCGGCUUCGUCUGCAUCUCCCCCUGCAAGAUGGGCUACUGCCAGCACGGUGGCCAAUGCCAGCACCUGCCCGAGGGGCCCACGUGCAGCUGCCUGCCCUUCUCCAUCUACUCUCCAGCUGGCCUCCAGUGUCAGUGGCUGGCCAUCAGCCUGGCUGCCUUCCUCGGCAUCCUGCUGGGAGCCCUGGCUCUGCUCUGCCUCCUGUUUGCCAUCGCCUGCCUGGCCCUGCACCUCUGCCGCCAGCACCGCCGCCGGCACCAGGGGGCCAAGGAGACCUUGUGGAGGACACGGCCCUUCUCCUCUUUAACGAUGGCAGGAGAACAAGCAGAGCCCACCAUCUCCCACUCCCUGGAAAGGCAUUGGAAACUGCAGCUUCAGGCCAUUGACCCCUCAGCCCAGAUAAGAAUCCAGAGACCCCAUGUUAUGCCUCCAAGCCAGUCCCCCCAGCAGCCCUAACCUGCCACCAGUCCUUUUCUGGCACCUCCAGACUCACAGAGGAGCCAGACACUGCUGCCUGCUCCAAUGCUUGCUCUCGAGGUCUCCAGCAGCAGCAACACAUGGAAGCAGGGGACAGGCAGCUGCCAUCUGGGUUCUGGGAGGAUUCUGGAGGAGGUGAUUUUUUGAAUGUGUGUUUAUGUUGGGUGACCAAAGCAGGAGGAUUUCACCUUCCCCCGAGGACCUGCAGAGACUCCUGGAUCAUCCUUGAAUGUGUCUGCACUGGGGGUAUGUGCUAGUGCAAUAUAACCAGACCCUGCAGAUUCCCUGAGAGCAGGGUCAGGUGGGGCAAUGCAGUGAUUGUAAUCCCUUAGGAACCAAAUAGAAUAAACCAAAAAUGUUGGCUUGCUGUUAAA